AUGCCUAUCUUCCCAGUUUACUGCAUAGCAGACAUACCGAUUCCGGUAAUAGAAACCUUCCUCCGCGAAGCCCAAGCCGGGAGUCUCAAAUCCGCACCAAACAGCGCGCCCUCCCUAGCAAUCAUAACCUCCCCUUCCAGCCCCCCUCCGACCGUGGCAUCAAAACCUCCCCUCUCACCCUUCACCUCGCCCUUCCUAGGGCAGACCGUAGAAGACGUAUCACGCCAACUCGACGGAUCAACCUGUUUCGCAGUCCUCGACAGCCGAUCCGUCGAAGACGGGACUGUGUUGCUCGUUGCACCGGGAUUAAAUGGCAGUGUGCAGACCGUGCGCGCGACGUUUGAGUCCGCGCAGAGCACGUUGAUUGCGCUGGAGAUCGCGAGUUUGGGGUUUGGUGAGAUUCAGGCUAUUGCGUCGUCGCUUGGGGGUGUGCUGGGGCGAGGGGGUAAGGAACCUAAGAGGGGCGGGCCGGCGCCUAGGAUGAGGCUUGGUGGGAAUUAG